CACAGAGACUCCACGGUGAGCGAGGUCUAUUACGAAGUUCGUAUGACACGCUUCCUGCAUACUGCUAGGAUCAACGACGUCGAUAGCGUAAUGUUUGUAGAUAGAAGUUAGAGAAAUGGAUUACCCAAGUGACAUGAUCUUCUACGUUAAAAAGAUUUCGUCGACGUUCCUUGGAAAAGAGAUUACCAAACGAUGUGGAAACGAAGGACAGCAUAAUGAUCUCGAGGAAAAGGAUAAGAUAACCUUGAAAUUUUUGCAAGCUGCCAUCUCGUACAUCUCAGAGGCAACCAACAUGGGAGCAGAUCUUUCAAAUGCGGCAUUCAUUUUUUCACAACCAGGAAGAGAGUUUGUCAUUCAGGCUGGAAAUGGCGACUGGGAGUUCUUUUUUUCAGAAGAUCUAAAAAAUACAGUUCAUGGCCACUGUGUUCGUAAGGGUCCGAAGCAGGCUUCCCGAGGUUUCUGCAACAGCAGCAGAUCCCCUGACAGCACAUCUGGCCCUGCCAAUCGAAACGGUAGACCCAGAACAGCACCAGGUCGAAUGAAUGGUUUGCUGGCUUUGCCAUCUGCCGCCUAGAAAGAUGUCUGCCUUGCUAUAUUUCGACGGAGGAAAAGAUGAAAAUCGAUAAUUACGCAAAUUUUUUUACUAGCUUGAUAAUAUGGGUGACAAAUAACUCCAUAAUCUAUCAGACAAUUUGAGUUUGUUACGUGGCAAGAUUCCUUAAAUUCUAUACCGCUGUCAAAAACAUAUCCAUAGCCUUUGGCUGGUAAUCUUUGGCCUUUCCCAUGAGAGGUGUAUUCAUUUUAUUCACAACUAAUGCCCUGCCAAGUUAAUAAAAUUUGAUAGUAGACUUAAACUUAAGAUAUUUGAUAGAGAAGAAACAGCUAGGUCAAUAAAUAGC